AUGACUACUGCAAACUGCACCGGGAAUGAGGAGCUGGACUUCAGACUGAUCUUCGGUGAGGACGGGCAGCAGCAAUCGCUAGGCCCCGCAGGUUAGUAUUUUCUCUGGAUCCCAGCUCGUUCUUCAAUCUUAAAUUUGUUAGACAAACUUGUUUUUGUGAAAACUCAGUGUGUUCGCCGAACUUCAUUCAAACAUGCGUCCCCAGCAUGCACUUCAGCCAACCUGCGCAUACAGUAUUAGUUACCAGUUUGUAACUGUUGUAGCUACAAAAUAACCAAUGAAAUGUCAUUGUACAAAGCGAGGUUAGCGAGAUCAGCACCAGCUAGCACAAUAGCGAAUUUGGCGAAUGAAAUAAAUGUCAAAUGGCACAAUGGGCUCUAAUUUGGCAGCUGUAGCCCUGUAACGGAGUAAGCGGUAGUUAAUAACACAAAAGCCAAAUUCUGUCAUUUCUGUCAGACAGUGCGUUCCAUUGGUAAUUGUAGCCAAAAAACAUAGUUUAGGUAUAUACAAACUAUAGUAAGUAGUCUACUGCAAACUGGAUUCAGAUGUUAGGUAGCUUUAUCGACAUUUUUGUUGACACUAGGUUCAAAUUGGAAAUACACGUCCACGUAAACAUCGAUAAUAAAUCUAAACAAUUUCCAGUCUUUACAUUUAGACACACAUCUAGUCACACACUUUAUAGAUUAACAUAAAGUAUUUUGAGCGUUUUUAGGUCCAGUCCAAGGUGUUUACAUAUCCCCAAGUAGCAUAACAUAUGCGUGUAGGCUGCACGUUUAGGCUACUGUUCUAGCCAUUGCCUGUUAAACUACUCAAAACUACAUUAAAACUUUUCCAGUAAAAUAUUUGAGGUUUUAAGCAUUUUUCAAAUAGGCUUCAUGGCUGUAUGUUACUGAGCCACUAUAUCAUUUAAUAAAUGUUGCCUAUAGGUGCUGUUUUCUUAUGGCCUACAGUAUAUUUAGACACAUGUUAUGUUUAUUGCAGUAUGACUUUGAGAUAUAUCAACCGAUCAUGUCAGUUAACUUAAACAAAAACACUAAAAAACAGCUAUUCAUUUUUGCUGUUGGCUUUCUAAACGUAGACCUGCACACAUUUUUUUCAUUCGUAUAACUGCUGUUGACUAGUAUCUCCAGUGCCUUUAUAAUCAUGCCAUGAUUAUGCUCACACUGUAAUCAGCAACAGCACAUUUAAGAAUCUUAUGUUGCAAAGAUGGUAUGCUGUAGAGGUGUCUGUGAGAAGAAGUGUGCUUAUCACCAUCUGUCAGUGAAGCAAAGUGUAUUGAGCGAGAGGCAAGUUCAGACGAUCGGUUUGUUUUGUGAAUAUGCCAUGAUAUUUAUCUGUGCUCCGUCCCCUAAACACACUUAGCCUAUCUGUUAUUCUUUUUUUUGUUGUAUUACUUUGUUUUAGGGUACGGUAACUUUUCCCUCUACACUGCCUUCACACUCUCUCUGUCAAGUGACCCAUGUAAAUGUAAAAUAGUGUUUUAUUUUUAUUUAGAUAAAAGCAUAAUUUGGAGUUUGUGUCUGUUGAUACAAUAGAGUUCCAGGUAGGAGGUCGACUCUCAGUGCAUCAUUUUGAAUAUUACAAAGUUUCACUCUUGUAGCGUUAUAGGGUAUCAUUGAUAACCUCUGCUAGUCUUUUCUUUUUAUUGUCGUUGUUGCUGUCUUGGUGCUUAUGACUUAUGAACUUAAUUAGUUCUCCUUAAUCGGUGGCUAAGCAGAACGUUGACAAACUACUAGUGCUGCUAUUACUACACUGUUAGAAAUGUAUGUGAAAUCUGCCCUUUUUACUUAGUAUACUUUGUGUACUUUUUUUUAACUUAAAGCACAUUGUCGUGUAACUGCUUUGAAGUGCAUAACUUUAAACCACAAAUGCAUUGUGGAAAACAGUACCUUACUUAGAACAGAUGUCCUGCAUAUACUGUAUCCAACAAUUGCAUUGUAGAAAAAUACAAACUUUUACUUUGAAAAGUUUGCUCUAGGGGGUUCAGGACAGGCCUCUACAAAAUGCUUUGUGUCCGUUUUUUAAUUGCGCUAUGUAAACAAAUGUAAUUGAUUGGAUUUGAAAUAUUAAAAAGCAGGAGAAAAGCAAAAAUGUAAACUAUUAUAUAAGUAAACAAUUUCAGUUAAUAAAUCAGGUCAGAAGUCAGAACUUUUUCAUUUCUCUGCUUUGACUUAUGACUCAUGUGCAAAGGUGUUAGCACUCAAAAGUGUUAACCAAACUGAUGCAAAAUGCUUAUUAAGCUGUAUGUCUGAUUGUGGUGCAGUACAAGUGUAUUUGAAUGCCGCAUAUGUCUUCAAAUGAGCUUAUAUAUAUUGGCACAGAGAUAAGAGAUAAAGCUGGUCAGUUGUUCACAUUUCCGUUUAUAAUCUUAACAGUUUAUUUUAUUUAACAAAGUGAAAGUACAAGUAGCAUACAUCAUUAUGCAUAGGAAUCAAGACGAUGACCUCACUACUGCUAACAUGCUGCGUUAUUAACUGCCCUACCUGUUGAGCUACAGAAUUACUUGCAGAUUGCUAUUCCAAUAUCUUCUCAUUCAUUUCAAAUACAAAACAAAAACAAACCUUAACACUUUAGAUGUUAAGAACACAAGUUGAACAAAAGACCACAAGAAAAGCUGCACAAAUAGUUUUCUAUAGAAUGAGAGGGCUUAUUACAUUAAAAUGCUUUGACAUUUACAAAUGAUGAAAAAUAGUAUAGCUUGGUUUUAUUUGUAACUUAAACAGGGUAACUAAGAGUGCUUUUCUAACAGUACAUCUCCAGAGUGAAUCUUUGUUUUAAUUGAUGUUAUCGAAUUGAUUUUAAGGUAGUACUAAAAGUAUAUGUAUCGUUGUAUGCUUUCACCUGUGUGAAUUCUCGUAGCUCAGUUGAUAGAGCUGGGGGAUCAUGAGUUCAAUACUCAGGACACAUAUUUGCUAAUAAAAAUGGAUGUAGUUGAUAAAGCAUCUGCUAGAGGUUUAUAUCAUCAUUCACAGUAUUACUUAAUUUUCUAUACAAAUCAUUGUAAGCUAAUUACACAAAAAAGUCCUGACUUUCCAAAUGGAUCAUUUAACAUUGAUUUCCAUAUUUUAAACGUAGGAUUGUAACUUUUUUGGUGAAGAUAAAAGAGGACAGUGGCACCAUGUGCCUCGGCCAGUUUUUUGGUACUUUGUCUGCGUUCAACAUUGGAGAAUUGAACAGGUACAGCGACAUUAGGCGCUCUCUUCUUCACAUGAACCACUUUCUCACUGUGCAACACUGCCUGGUUGCUUGUAGUCACUACUUCAGUUGUUAGUCACUUCUAACCAUGAAAUGUUCAAUAAAGGAACUUAAGAUAUCGUUGUAGACCGGUAGUUGCGUUUGUUAAACGCAAAGUGCAAAGUAAGCCUGUUUGUACGCAAACUGUCCGACUUCUUCAGUUGCUGUUUUCUUACUUGCGACAGCAUCUGCUUUUGUUCUGCAUACAUUUAGUUAUAAAUAUGUUGUUAUUACCUUGAAAUCCUCUUGAAAGCUUGGUAUCCUUUCAAAUAAAGCCUUUCAAAUAUUUAACAUAAGGGAGUUGCAUUUAAGCAAUUUGUGUAACAAAAGACACAGAAUAAAUGUUAUUGCUGAUUUUACACAAUUUUAUGUUUUUUCGUUUGAUUCAUAAGGUGAAGGUUAAAGAUGAUGGAGUAGAACAUUUCAGGUAGCACGUUAGGAUAUGGAAGUAUGAGGGCAAGGCCCUGUUUCAAAUUGAGAGCUUUGCCUAUUUGACGGCUUCAUCUGGCCUUGAAAUGGCUCAUGUUACAAAGGGAAAGGUGUGCUCUUUUGGCCCGUGCAGUGGAUGUUUGAGGUGCCCUCCUUCUGGCUUGAGAGGUGGCGUUAGAGAGAAGAGGUGCCCUCUCUGGGCCAGGGAGAAGAUAUUGUAGAGGUGUCUGGCUGUUUGCCCAGACAUGCCAUGUGGAGCUCAGAUGGCGGUGGAAUUUAAGGAGAGGGGAAUGGACUUCUCUCUCUCUCUCUCUCCCUCUCUCUCUCUCUCCCCGCCAUGAGGGGGACAAGUAAGAGAGCGUUCCCUCCCCCAUGUCUCUCUCACUCUUUCUUUCAUUGCCACCCUCUCUCUCUUCUUCACUGGUCCUCUCUUUCACCUUUGUCACUUCUCCGCAACCAGUCUGGCAAGUCCAGUUUUAAUCGUGACACUGUAAAGAGCAGUGGCUAUUUUUUUUUGUUGUGUAUUUUUGAGAUCCAACAAAUUAAAGACGUCGGACUGUUUUAAUAACAUUUCCAGAUGUGAAUGUCUCUUGCGAGUGAAAAAAAUAAAUCACAGCUGAUUUCGCCUGCCGCAUAGUUCCGGGUAGUGAUUUAACAUUUGGUUUAAACUCUUAUGAUAGCCUUUUAAGUGCUGUUUAGAAGUGUCGUAGUGUGCAGACUGGUGGGGAGAACCAAAGCACACGAGCAGCAAAGUGGCAGACUGUUUACUGAAAGCCCCCUCUUCGGACGUUUUCGUCGAGCUGCAUCUGGUCUACUGGCUGUCUGUCUCAGUCGUGGGAAAGACUGAAAUUACAUCGCUCUCAUGGUGGACUAUUUUCAGCUCCCAGAGAGAGUGGCAGAGGGCAGGCGGCAGGUUCUAGAGCUUUGUUAGAGCAGGAGUCCCCCACACGAACACGUCUGAAGCUGUCCAGUCAAGCGGCAUUUGAACGGGAGAGGAGAGGAACAAUGCUGUGCGCUACUUCACCAGACUUGGAGCCUGAUGACAACACCUCGUUCUACAUCCUCAAUGUGGGACAGCAGCAGACGAUGGUCAACCAAUCCAUCAGCAUCCCCCGCCUCGGUAUGCAGCCGCACUCGCAGGUCAUCUCCACCUCGCCACGCCUCCAGUCGCACAAAAUGUACGAACCCAGCUAUGAGCUGCAGGACUCCAACAAGUGCAGCCAGCCCUGCGGGCCGCCCAAGGCCUUCGAGUGCCCGAGCAUCCAGAUCACCUCCAUCUCCCCCAGCUGCCAGCAAGAGAUGGACGCCCACGACGACGACAUGCACGGCGGCAAGGGGCCCGACAGGGACUACCACGACCGGCCCAUGUCGCGGGACCACCUGUACCUGCCCUUAGACCACUCCUACAGGGAUUCCUCACUGAGCCCCAGCCCCUGCAGUAGCCUGUCGUCCCGGAGCUGGUUCUCGGACGCCUCGUCCUGCGAGUCCUUCUCCCACGUGUACGACGACGUGGACUCGGAGUUGAACGAGGCGGCGGCGCGCUUCACGCUGGGCUCGCCGCUCACGUCGCCCGGCUGCUCCCCGCAGGCCGGCGUACUGGAGGAGCCCUGGCAGCACCACCACCCGGCCUUCACCCACUCACACUCGCUCUCGCCGCGACAGUCGCCCUGCCACUCGCCGCGCACCAGCGUCACCGACGAGAACUGGCUGAGCCCGCGCCCGCCCUCCCGGCCCUCAUCACGCCCCACCUCCCCCUGCGGCAAGAGACGUCACUCCAGCGCCGACAUCUGCUACCCGGUUUCCAUGUCCCCGCACCACUCCCCGACACCCACCCCGGGGCCCUCCCCCAGGGGCAGCGUGACGGAGGACACCUGGGUCGGCAGCCCCUCGCUCGGGGUGUCUCCGUUCCAGUGCUGCCCCUCCGAGGCCGACAUCCCCUCCAAGACCCGCAAGACCUCGCAGGACCGGACGCCGCCGCUCCAGCCCUGCAAAGGGGACAUGGGGCUGGAUGAUUCUGGAAACGUGUCCCCCGCCGAGGAGGGCCUGCACGGCCUGAAGAAGGACGGUCCGGGAGAGCAGUACCUCUCGGUCCCAUCACACUUCACCUGGAACAAACCCAAGCCCGGACACACCCCCAUCUUCAGAACAUCAUCACUGCCUCCGCUGGACUGGCCUUUACCAAACCAGUUUGGACAGUAUGACCUGAAGAUCGAGGUUCACCCCAAGGCUCACCACCGGGCACACUAUGAGACAGAGGGCAGUCGAGGGGCUGUGAAGGCGUCGUCCGGGGGACACCCUGUGGUCAAGGUGAGUGAGAUGAUCCGGACUGACCCAGAUCAGCGGUCUGUCCCUCUCCUGCCCUAGUGUACUGAGAUGACACCUAAUCAGCUCAGAGGGAAGGGGCUUGAAUUACCCCUUUGACCACAAAUGGUGUGUUUUGUUAGGUCCUUUACAUCUUCGCAUGUUCUGCUUUCCCAAAUUCAGUCCUCGAGUUGUCGCUAGGACAUGGAUGUCUUAUGCGUUCACAUGUAACAUUAGCAGCCCACUACGUUCUUCACUUAUCCACAGGGCCGUAGAGGCAACUCAGAAUCAGGAAGUAGAACUUGAGACACUUGACCACCGGAGAAGACAGAGAGAGAGAGAGAGAAAGAGAAAGAGAAGGAGAGCUUUACAGCACCGUAAAGGAGAGAGCUGGGCAAGCAAGACUUGCCUGUCCUUCUGACCUAAUUUGCUGUGAAGGUAUCUUACGAAAGAGAGUCUGCCUACAAUCUGACCCCUGUUCCCCCCCAAAUCCAUCAAAACUGACAAUAAUGAUGACAACUAGAAUGCACACGCAUGCAAUGACCACACUUUUGUGCCGUGACUUUCCAGACUGGUGCAAAAAGCCAGGGUUACACGUUGAAGCAAGCGCUGGCCAUAUACAGUGGAGCCCAAUUAGUUUUUUGUCAUUUGAUCCAUCAGAUUGGCUGACUAAUCUUUCAGCCAUUCUCUCCCGCAGGGCGUGCAUUGGAGCCCCUGCCAGUGCGGCCUGGCCGGUGAAUAUUUCAUAGGCGAGGGGAAGGCAGCCUAUUGUGCUCUGACGGUUUCAGGACAUGAAUGCAGGGCCUCGGCCACGGUUUUGUAACCGGCCAGCGCCUUGGCCAAUGGAAGGUGGGGGAGAGGGAGAGGGAGAGAGAAAAGGACAGGGGCAUCUCAAGUGUACACCUGUGGCUUUCAAUGCUCCACUGAACAACUAUAGCGUAAGGAUCCUGCUGGGUUUGUCAUGGUGAGGGGUGAACUUACCUCUGCAGUCAUGGCCUAUCACCACUUUAUUUAGUAUUUGUUUUUUUUUGUAUUUCAUUUCCCACAUAGCUUUCUUGCAUUAUCACAAAAAUGCAUUUGGCUCAGUGGCAGUUCACAGAAAAGAAUUGUUUACAUUGGUGCUUUCAGUUAAGCUUUAAUUAGCCAAAAGCAAAAGCAGUGAGUUGCAGUGUCCUCAGCGGGUGUCAUGGUCAGCAUGGUUGAGUAGAGGCCGUUUCCCCCCCUCUCAGUAGAGUCAUUUUUAACCGUUUAAACACUUGGCCCAGAUCACAGCUCGCCAUGUGUGAGGAUGCAUAAUUCAGGUAUCAGAGGGCUCUUCUAAUGAAGACCGCUUCUUCCCUUCCCUCAUUAUACCCUCAGCAACCCUCCUUCCCCCCAAAAACACACUAAUCCAAUUUUAUCGGCACCGUUAUGUUCACCUUAUUCAACUACCCUGAUUUUGAAACAUCACACAAGGUGAAGAAACUCACUUUUAGCAGCGUUAGCCUAUAUAGGACAUCUCAGUUUACGCUACUUGCCUGUUUAAUGUCUCUGGAAGCGGACGCCAUAUUUUGAUGACAAGAUCAUUUUCUAUACAUAGCCGCAACCAAGACUCCGGUUCACAGAAAGGCUUUAACGGUGACAUUGCAAAAUUGUUUGUUUCCGGCAAGCUGGACAUAUUUUGAAAAUAUGAAAAUAUCUGAAAAUAUUUGCGGUCUUACCAGGCCUGUUUUUGUUUUUAAUUACUAGCAUAAAUUUGUUUCCUAUUUGUACUGGUUUCGCCCCAGUCUGUGGUGUACACAGAGACUCUUACUGCGCUGUAUUCGCGCCCCAGUCUGUUGUGUACAGAGAGUCUCUUACUGCGCUAUACAUGUGCUAGCUGCUGCGGCUAACAUUGCCAUGUCAUUGCCGCGUGGGCACAGCCUAGUUUUGCCUCUGUGGGGGUGGGGUGGGUGCUGGUGGAGUGGCAGCCUGGUUAGAAAACGUGCUGCCACCCUUCCACACGGCUGUGGCCCAGCGGGAGCCCGAGGCGU